GCGGCGGCGGCGGGAGCGGCGGGAGGGGGCGGCAACGGCGGCACCGAGGUCAUCCAGGUGACCAAUGUCUCCCCGAGCGCCAGCUCCGAACAGAUGCGGACCCUCUUCGGUUUCCUGGGCAAGAUCGACGAACUGCGGCUCUUCCCGCCCGACGAUUCACCACUGCCAGUCUCCUCACGUGUCUGUUUCGUUAAGUUCCAUGAUCCAGACUCCGCAGUUGUGGCACAGCACCUGACAAACACUGUAUUCGUCGACAGAGCUUUGAUAGUCGUACCGUAUGCAGAAGUGGAGAAGGCAAAUGCAAAGCCCUUCCAGAUGACUGAAAAACAGUGGGUCCUCUGCAGCUACAGGGGAUUCUAGACAUUAACUAAAGGCCAGCAAGCACUCAAGUCCCCCAAGGGUUUUCCUGGUGUAACCACUCGUUAACUACCUUUUCUCUCUUUUUACAUUUUAGGCUGUUAAAGUAAUUUGGCAGGAAAAAAAAAAAUGAGCAGGCUUUUGGGAUUAAAUUUUUCAGUAACACCGACAGGCCAGCAAUUUUACAGACCCGUAAAACUUUGAGAUGCACUUUAGAGGAAUUCCAAAUGUACUGUUACUCGAUCUAUCGAAUCGUAUUGCAGGUCAUGAUUAAGAAAUUAAGUAGAGUAAGUAGAGUUAUAUAAAAUUUAAAUGACUAGUGAAUGCUUAUGUGGUCUGAACACGUCGGACUUCUGACGAGCUUCUCUCAGGACCUUUAUUCUUGAUCUCUCUGUGCCUAUUCCUACCCUCUGGUGUUUCCGACUUAAAUUUGCACCGUGACUUGUGAUGUCACGGGUAACGUGCCCUCCUUCUGAAAACUUUGGAAAAUUGCUUUGACUAGGAAAUACUUUCUGAUCAUUGGUUAAAACAUGCUAGAGUAACAGUACAUCUGUCUCAAUAGCAUUGAAGGGUUUAAGCCCAGUUGUAAGGAUUAAGGGGGGAAAAAAGUCACAUUUGGGUUUGCCUUUGGUUAAGCGAUUUUGUUUCUGUCAGCGUGCAUGUUAGAGGAGAAACCCGACCUUAAGGGAGAUCUGGCCAUUUUAAAUUCAGAAUGAGACCAGUCCAGAUGUUAAAGGACCUUAGUCUCGGUACGCAUCACGAGUGACGUGCCAGUCAUGUGGAUGGUGUAACGAUUUCAUUUUUUUAGUGAGUCAGUUAAGAGAACCUUGUUGGCUAAGCACUACAGUACAGUUCCCGAACUCCGAACGUGAUACGGCACCUCACAAUGUAACGUCUGAUUCUCGCUUGAUAUCACGUUACGUUGUUGCACGGUUGUGGAAUUUUUUUUUUCCAAGUGAAGGGUCUCUCGGAACCUGGGAUUCCUUUAGAAAAAUCACGAACUCAGCCGCCUAAACGUCUACGCUGAUGUGCUGUAUCACCCACUAACUAAUCACGUCGCUGCCCAGAAACUCAUUCCCUGUCUCCCAGUCCCACUUGUAUGUUUAACUCUUACACUUUGGUGUUUGGCUGUGGCCCCGUUAUAGAACUAUACCGAGCAAGUUUACGGUAAGGCCUAGUGGUAACUGGGAAAGUUGUGAUAUUCCUAGAUUUGGAAGGAACUCUAAUAUGAAUGGAUUUGGGGGUUAUUCCUUGGUUAAUGUUUGUUUCUUUUGUCUGUUUCUUUUUCUUUCAUUUCUACACAUUCAUGCAGUAUUUCAUGGUUCUAUCAAAGCAGCAGUAAAAAAAAAACUCUUGACGCAUGAAAAUUAACUGUUCUUUUCCCUGGUUCAGCCUGAACUAUAUACCAGGCCCUGCUGAAAAUACCACCCAACAGUUUUCUUCUGCAGCUUAUCCAGUUUCUCUUAAGUGCCCUGUACAUAUUGUAUGUUUUAUGAUGAGAUGCAGUUUCUUAAUAUGUAUUACAGAGAUACUUCUGGUAUUUGAAAAUAUGUAGUUAAA